GUGCUGAGCCAGCCCCUGUGUUGCAGAGUGGAGAUGACGAGGAGUACAGGAGGAUCUACACCACCAAGAUCAAACCCCGGCUGAAGUCCGAGGAGGGGCUGGAGCUGGAGGGUGGUGGGACACAGAGCAGGACCAUCACAGUCACCAGGAAGGUGACAGCCUACACCGUGGACGUCACCAGGGGGGAUGGAGCCCAGGAUGGUGGUGGCCUUGGCCCCGAGUGGAAGGUCCCCAACCAGGAGAUGAAGAUCCAGGUGGACCCGACGCUCCCCCAGAGCCAAGUUCCUGGUGGAGAAACUGGAAGAUCCUUUGGGGUGGAGAUGGUUGGACCCGGCCUGGUGGGCAUCUCCUCCUCCAAGGUGGCAACCAAUGGACAGAUGGGCAAGCUGGAGGGGGGAGGUCACCUCCAGGGUCCCAGGUUGGGUGGCAAAGGACACGUGUCACCUGCUGACCCCUCCAGCCCUUGUGUUGGGGGUCUCCAAGCUCCUGGUGUUGAUGUUCCCUUCCCUGGGAUGGAGCAUCUGAGCUCAGAGGUGGGAAAGGUCAAGAUUCCCGUUAUGAAAAUGCCCAAAUUUGGGUUUCCUGGGAUGGAACCUCAAGCCCCCCAAGUGGCCACCAACCUCCCCACCCCCAAGCUACCGACCCCGGGCCUGGAUGUCUCUUCCACCACCUCUUCCCUCCAGGUGACGGGACCUGAAGCUUCAUCUCCUUCAUUCCAAGCCCCGCAGGUGCAGGUGGGGCUGAAGGGUCCUGGGAAGGUCCCAUCUCCAGGCCUGGAGGUCCCUGGUGUGACCAUCAAAGGUCCCAACGUGGAGCUCCCACCUCCGGAGCUUGAGACGGGAAAAAUCAAGAUCCCAUCCAUGACCUUCCCCAAAUUUACCACCUUGGACUCCCAGGGAGAAGGUCCCGGGGUGGAAAUGAGGCCCCCAAAAGGGGAGGUGGCCUUUGGUGGUGACACCAUCAAAGGAGGAUGGAAAGGUCCCACCAUCAAGAAGGUGGAAACGCCCCAAAUUUCACUCUCGGAUGUGAAUCUGCACCUGAAAGGUCCUCAGGUGAAGGGAGACCUGGAAGGAGGUGCCCAAGGACUUGGCUCCAAAGGUCUCAAGGUGGAUCUCAAAGCUCCUGAGGUGACCCUUGAAACUCCAGAGGUUUCUCUGCCAGGACCACGUGGACCUGCCCCUGAGCUGGACCUGAACGUGAAGGGGCCCAAGUUGGAGGGAGAAGUUUCUCUCCCCAAAAUGGGGGUUGACAUGAAAGGACCCCAAGUUGACCUCAAAGGGCCCCAGGUGGGUCUGGACAUACCUGGUGUAGAUCUCCAAGGCCCCAAGGUUGAGCUGGGAGCUCCAGAGCUGGACAUCCAAGGGCCAGGAGGGAAACUGAAGAUGCCCAAGUUGAAAAUGCCCAAGUUUGAGGUGAAGGGAGAAGUUCCUGAGGUUGAUGUGACCCUUCCCAAGGGCCAAGUGGACGUUUCUGCUCCCAAGGUGGACAUUUCUGCCCCCAAGGUGGACAUUUCUGCCCCCAAGGUGGACAUUGACACCCCCAGGGUGGACAUCAAAGGGCCUGAGGGACACCUGAAGGGCCCCACAGUGAAGAUGCCCGAGAUGCACAUCACAGCCCCAAAGGUCUCAGUGCCAGACGUGGAGCUGGACCUGAGGGGCCCCAAGGUGGACGUGACUGUUCCCACCUUGGGAGCUGAUGUGAAGGCUCCUGAGCUGGAGCUCCAAGGCCCCAAGGUUGAGCUGGGAGCUCCAGAGCUGGAGAUCCAAGGGCCAGGAGGGAAACUGAAGAUGCCCAAGUUGAAAAUGCCCAAGUUUGGGGUGAAGGGAGAAGUUCCUGAGGUUGAUGUGACCCUUCCCAAGGGCCAAGUGGACAUUUCUGCUCCCAAGGUGGACAUUGACAUCCCCAGGGUGGACAUCAAAGGGCCUGAGGGACACCUGAAGGGCCCCACAGUGAAGAUGCCUGAGAUGAGCUUCAAGACCCCCCAGAUCUCCAUGCCUGACAUUGACCUGAACCUGAAAGGUCCCAAAGUGAAGGGAGACCUGGACGUGUCUGUCCCCCAACUGGAAGGGGAGCUGAAAGCACCUUCACUUGACCUCCAAGGCCCCAAGGUUGACCUGGGAGCUCCAGAGCUGGAGAUCCAAGGGCCAGGAGGGAAACUGAAGAUGCCCAAGUUGAAAAUGCCCAAGUUUGGGGUGAAGGGAGAAGUUCCUGAGGUUGAUGUGACCCUUCCCAAGGGCCAAGUGGACAUUUCUGCCCCCAAGGUGGAUCUCCACAUGCCCAGCAUGGAGGUGGAAGGUCCAGAAGUCAAAGGGAAAGGUCUCAAGUUCAAAAUGCCCGAACUCAACGUCCAGACCCCCAAACUGUCCAUGCCAGACGUGGAUCUCAGCCUGAAGGUCCCCAAGCUGAAAGGAGAUGCUGAUGUUUCCACCCCCAAGAUCUCAGGGGAACUGAAAGGCCCCAAAAUUGACGUGGAAGGACCCAAAGUGGACGUGGAGGUGCCCGAGGUGGAGCUGGAAGGUCCAGAAGGGAAAAUCAAAGGCCCCAAGUUCAAGAUGCCCAAGUUGAACAUCAAAACGUCCAAGAUCUCCGUGCCCGACGUGGACCUGAACCUGAAGGGCCCCAAAGUCAAGGGGGACGUGGAUGUUUCUGCUCCCAAGCUGGAAGGUGACCUGAAAGGUCCAGAUAUUGACAUCAAAGGUCCCAAAGUCAACGUUGACCUUCCUGAUGUGGAGCUGGAAGGACCAGAGGGGAAGGUGAAGGGUCCCAAGUUCAAGAUGCCCGAGAUGCACUUCAAAGGCCCUAAGAUCUCCAUGCCUGACAUUGACCUGAACCUCAAAGGCCCCAAAGUCAAGGGAGAUGUGGACGUGUCACUUCCCAAGCUGGAAGGUGACCUGAAAGGUCCAGAUAUUGACAUCAAGGGCCCCAAAGUUGACAUUGAUGCCCCAGACGUGGAGCUUCACGGCCCAGAAGGGAAGUUCAAGAUGCCCAAGUUCAAGAUGCCCAAGUUUGGGGUCCCUGGGUUCAAGGCUGAAGGUCCUGAGGUUGAUGUGAACCUGCCCAAAGGGGACCUGGAUGUGUCUGGGCCAAAGGUGGAGCUGGAAGGUCCAGAGUUGGACAUCCAAGUGCCUGAGGGGAAGGUGAAGGGUCCCAAGUUCAAGAUGCCCGAGAUGCACAUCAAGACACACAAGAUCUCCAUGCCUGACGUGGACUUGAACCUGAAGGGCCCCAAAGUGAAGGGUGGAGUGGACGUGUCUGUGCCCAAGCUGGAAGGUGACCUGAAGGGCCCAGACAUUGACAUCAAGGGCCCCAAAGUUGACAUUGAUGCUCCAGACGUGGAGCUUCACGGCCCAGAAGGGAAGUUCAAGAUGCCCAAGUUCAAGAUGCCCAAGUUUGGGAUGCCUGGGGUCAAGGCUGAAGGUCCAGAGGUUGAUAUUGACCUGAACUUGAAGGGCCCCAAGGUCAAGGGGGACAUGGAGAUGUCACUUCCCAAGCUGGAAGGUGACCUGAAGGGCCCUGACAUUGACAUCAAGGCCCCCAAAGUUGACAUUGAUGCCCCAGACGUGGAGCUUCACGGCCCAUAAGGGAAGUUCAAGAUGCCCAAGUUCAAGAUGCCUGAGAUGAACAUCAAGGCCCCCAAGAUCUCCAUGCCCGACUUUGACCUCAACCUGAAAGGUCCAAAGAUCAAGGGGGACGUGGAUGUUUCUGCUCCCAAGCUGGAAGGUGACCUGAAAGGCCCUGACAUUGACAUCAAGGGCCCCAAAGUUGACGUUGACCUUCCUGACGUCAACCUGGAGUGUCCAGAAGCAAAAAUUAAAGGUCCCAAGUUCAAGAUGCCCGAGAUGCAUUUCAAGACCCCCAAGAUCUCCAUGCCUGACUUUGACCUCAACCUAAAGGGCCCCAAGAUCAAGGGGGACGUGGACGUGUCUGGUCCCAAGUUGGAAGGUGACCUGAAAGGUCCUGACAUUGACAUCAAAGGUCCUAAAGUGGAUGUAGAAGUUCCUGAUGUGGAUGUGGAGCUCCCCGAGGGGAAGGUGAAGGGCCCCAAGUUCAAGAUGCCCGAGAUGCACUUCAAAGCCCCCAAGAUCUCCAUGCCUGACUUUGACCUCAACCUAAAGGGCCCCAAGAUCAAGGGGGACGUGGACGUGUCUGGUCCCAAGUUGGAAGGUGACCUGAAAGGGCCCAAAGUGGAUGUUGAAGUUCCUGAUGUUGAGUUAGAAUGUCCAGAAGGGAAGUUGAAGGGUCCCAAGUUCAAGAUGCCCGAGAUGAACAUCAAGGCCCCCAAGAUCUCCAUGCCUGACGUUGACUUCAACCUGAAGGGCCCCAAGAUCAAGGGAGAUGUGGACGUGUCUGUGCCCAAGCUGGAAGGUGACCUGAAGGGUCCUGACAUUGACAUCAAGGGCCCCAAAGUCAACGUUGACCUUCCUGAUGUGGAGCUGGAAGGUCCUGAAGGGAAGUUCAAGAUGCCCAAGUUCAAGAUGCCUGAGAUGAACAUCAAGGCCCCCAAGAUCUCCAUGCCUGACAUUGACCUGAACCUCAAGGGCCCCAAAGUGAAGGGAGAUGUGGACGUGGCACUUCCCAAGCUUGAGGGUGACCUGAAGGGCCCUGGCAUUGACAUCAAGGGCCCCAAGAUCUCCAUGCCUGACUUUGACCUGGCUUGUGAAGGUCCUGAAGGGAAACUCAAAGGCCCCAAGUUCAAGAUGCCUGAGAUGAACAUCAAGGCCCCCAAGUUCUCCAUGCCCGACGUUGACUUCAACCUGAAAGGACCCAAAGUGAAGGGAGAUGUGGACGUGGCACUUCCCAAGCUUGAGGGUGACCUGAAGGGCCCUGGCAUUGACAUCAAGGGCCCCAAGAUCUCCAUGCCUGACUUUACCUGAGCUUGUGAAGGUCCUGAAGGGAAACUCAAAGGCCCCAAGUUCAAGAUGCCUGAGAUGAACAUCAAGGCCCCCAAGUUCUCCAUGCCCGACGUUGACUUCAACCUGAAAGGACCCAAAGUGAAGGGAGAUGUGGACGUGGCACUUCCCAAGCUUGAGGGUGACCUGAAGGGCCCUGGCAUUGACAUCAAGGGCCCCAAGAUCUCCAUGCUGACUUUGACCUGAGCUUGUGAAGGUCCUGAAGGGAAACUCAAAGGCCCCAAGUUCAAGAUGCCUGAGAUGAACAUCAAGGCCCCCAAGUUCUCCAUGCCCGACGUUGACUUCAACCUGAAAGGACCCAAAGUGAAGGGAGAUGUGGACGUGGCACUUCCCAAGCUUGAGGGUGACCUGAAGGGCCCUGGCAUUGACAUCAAGGGCCCCAAGAUCUCCAUGCCUGACUUUGACCUGGCUUGUGAAGGUCCUGAAGGGAAACUCAAAGGCCCCAAGUUCAAGAUGCCUGAGAUGAACAUCAAGGCCCCCAAGUUCUCCAUGCCCGACGUUGACUUCAACCUGAAAGGACCCAAAGUGAAGGGAGAUGUGGACGUGGCACUUCCCAAGCUUGAGGGUGACCUGAAGGGCCCUGGCAUUGACAUCAAGGGCCCCAAGAUCUGUCCUGAAGGGAAACUCAAAGGCCCCAAGUUCAAGAUGCCUGAGAUGAACAUCAAGGCCCCCAAGUUCUCCAUGCCCGACGUUGACUUCAACCUGAAAGGACCCAAAGUGAAGGGAGAUGUGGACGUGGCACUUCCCAAGCUUGAGGGUGACCUGAAGGGCCCUGGCAUUGACAUCAAGGGCCCCAAGAUCUCCAUUGAUGCUCCAGACGUGGAGCUUCACGGCCCAGAAGGGAAGUUCAAGUUGCCCAAGUUCAAGAUGCCCACGUUUGGGGUCCCUGGGUUCAAGGCUGAAGGUCCAGAAGUUGAUGUAGAUCUCCCUGAAGGCAACGUUGCUCUUUCAGGUCCAAAAGUUGAUGUUUCUGCUCCUGACCUGGAGAUCGAAGGCCCAGAAGGAAAACUGAAGGGCCCCAAAUUCAAGAAGCCUGAACUUGAGUUCAACGUCCCCAAGAUCUCCAUGCCAGACAUUGACCUGAACUUGAAAGGCCCCAAACUGAAAGGGGACCUUGAUGCUUCUCUUCCCAAAGUUGAGGGGGAGCUGAAGGGUCCCAAGGUGGACAUCAAAGGGCCGGAGGUGGAGCUGGAAGGUCCCAAGUUGGAUCUAGAAGGAAAGGCCAAAAAAUCCAGGUUUAAACUUCCCAAAUUCAACUUUUCUGGACCCAAAGUGCAGGGCCCUGAAGUGGACGUGAAGGUGAAGAAGCCCGAGGUUGAAGUAGGAGGCCCCAAGGUUGAUGUCCAGGCUCCAGAGGUGGAUGUUCAGGCCAAAGCCAAAGGGUCCAAGUUCAAAAUGCCCUUUCUGAGCAUUUCGUCCCCAAGAGUCUCGAUGCCGGACGUGGAGCUGAACCUGAAAGGGCACAAAGUCAAGGGGGAGCUGGAUGUCACCAGCCCCAAGCUGGAAGGUGACCUGAAAGGUCCUGAGGUGGAACUCAAAGGCCCCAAAGUCAACAUCGAAGCACCAGACGUGGAGCUUCAUGGGCCAGAGGGGAAGAUCAAGAUGCCCAAGUUCAAGAUGCCCAAGUUUGGGGUCAAGGCUGAAGGUCCAGAGGUUGAUGUGAACCUGCCCAAAGGAGACCUGGAUGUGUCUGGGCCAAAGGUGGAGCUGGAAGGUCCAGAGUUGGAUGUGGAAGGUCCUGAAGGGAAGUUGAAGGGUCCCAAGUUCAAGAUGCCCGAGAUGCACAUCAAGGCCCCCAAGAUCUCCAUGCCUGAUGUUGACUUCAACCUGAAGGGCCCCAAGAUCAAGGGAGAUGUGGACGUGUCUGUGCCCAAGCUGGAAGGUGACCUGAAGGGCCCUGACAUUGACAUCAAGGGCCCCAAAGUCAACGUUGACCUUCCUGAUGUGGAACUGGAAGGUCCUGAAGGGAAACUCAAAGGCCCCAAGUUCAAGAUGCCCGAGAUGCACAUCAAGGCCCCCAAGAUCUCCAUGCCUGAUGUUGACUUCAACCUGAAGGGCCCCAAGAUCAAGGGAGAUGUGGAUGUGUCACUUCCAAAACUAGAAGGUGACUUGAAGGGCCCUGACAUUGACAUCAAGGGCCCCAAAGUUGACAUUGAUGCCCCAGAUGUGGAGCUUCACGGCCCAGAAGGGAAGUUCAAGAUGCCCAAGUUCAAGAUGCCCAAGUUUGGGAUGCCUGGGGUCAAGGCUGAAGGUCCAGAGGUUGAUGUGAACCUGCCCAAAGGAGACCUGGAUGUGUCUGGGCCAAAGGUGGAGCUGGAAGGUCCAGAGUUGGAUGUGGAAGGGAAAGUGAAGGGUCCCAAGUUCAAGAUGCCCGAGAUGCACAUCAAGGCCCCCAAGAUCUCCAUGCCUGACAUUGACCUGAACCUGAAGGGCCCCAAAGUGAAGGGGGAUGUGGACGUGUCUGUGCCCCAGGUGGAUCUGAAGGCCCCAGAUUUGCAAGUGAAAGGACCAAAAGUGGACGUGGAGGUUCCUGACCUUGACCUGGAAGGUCCCAAAGGAAAAGUGAAAGGCCCCAAGUUCAAGAUGCCUGAGAUGAACAUCAAGGCCCCCAAGAUCUCCAUGCCUGACUUUGACUUGAACUUGAAAGGUCCCAAAGCCAAAGGAGGUUUGGAUGUGGAGCUGGAGGGUCCCAAACUGGAAGGAGACCUGAGUGUUCCUGAUGUCAACAUCAAGGGGCCAAAGGUGGAGCUGGAAGGUCCAGAGUUGGAUGUGGAAGGGCCUGAAGGGGAGGUGAAGGGUCCCAAGUUCAAGAUGCCUGAGAUGCACAUCAAGGCCCCCAAGAUCUCCAUGCGUGACAUUGACCUGAACCUGAAGGGCCCCAAGGUCAAGGGAGAUGUGGAUGUGUCUGGGCCAAAGGUGGAGCUGGAAGGUCCAGAGUUGGAUGUGGAAGGGCCUGAAGGGGAGGUGAAGGGUCCCAAGUUCAAGAUGCCUGAGAUGCACAUCAAGGCCCCCAAGAUCUCCAUGCGUGACAUUGACCUGAACCUGAAGGGCCCCAAGGUCAAGGGAGAUGUGGAUGUGUCUGGGCCAAAGGUGGAGCUGGAAGGUCCAGAGUUGGAUGUGGAAGGGCCUGAAGGGGAGGUGAAGGGUCCCAAGUUCAAGAUGCCUGAGAUGCACAUCAAGGCCCCCAAGAUCUCCAUGCGUGACAUUGACCUGAACCUGAAGGGCCCCAAGGUCAAGGGAGAUGUGGAUGUGUCUGGGCCAAAGGUGGAGCUGGAAGGUCCAGAGUUGGAUGUGGAAGGGCCUGAAGGGGAGGUGAAGGGUCCCAAGUUCAAGAUGCCUGAGAUGCACAUCAAGGCCCCCAAGAUCUCCAUGCGUGACAUUGACCUGAACCUGAAGGGCCCCAAGGUCAAGGGAGAUGUGGAUGUGUCUGGGCCAAAGGUGGAGCUGGAAGGUCCAGAGUUGGAUGUGGAAGGGCCUGAAGGGGAGGUGAAGGGUCCCAAGUUCAAGAUGCCUGAGAUGCACAUCAAGGCCCCCAAGAUCUCCAUGCGUGACAUUGACCUGAACCUGAAGGGCCCCAAGGUCAAGGGAGAUGUGGAUGUGUCUGGGCCAAAGGUGGAGCUGGAAGGUCCAGAGUUGGAUGUGGAAGGGCCUGAAGGGGAGGUGAAGGGUCCCAAGUUCAAGAUGCCUGAGAUGCACAUCAAGGCCCCCAAGAUCUCCAUGCGUGACAUUGACCUGAACCUGAAGGGCCCCAAGGUCAAGGGAGAUGUGGAUGUGUCUGGGCCAAAGGUGGAGCUGGAAGGUCCAGAGUUGGAUGUGGAAGGGCCUGAAGGGGAGGUGAAGGGUCCCAAGUUCAAGAUGCCUGAGAUGCACAUCAAGGCCCCCAAGAUCUCCAUGCGUGACAUUGACCUGAACCUGAAGGGCCCCAAGGUCAAGGGAGAUGUGGAUGUGUCUGGGCCAAAGGUGGAGCUGGAAGGUCCAGAGUUGGAUGUGGAAGGGCCUGAAGGGGAGGUGAAGGGUCCCAAGUUCAAGAUGCCUGAGAUGCACAUCAAGGCCCCCAAGAUCUCCAUGCGUGACAUUGACCUGAACCUGAAGGGCCCCAAAGUGAAGGGGGACGUGGACGUGUCUGUUCCAGGAGUUGAAGGUGACCUGAAAGGUCCAGAGAUCAAUGUGGGUGCUCCAAAAUUAGACAUUGAUGCCCCUGAUGUUGACAUUGAAGGACCUGAGGGGAAGUUCAAGCUGCCCAAGUUCAAGAUGCCCAAGUUCUCCAUGCCUGGUUUCAAGGGGGAGGGUGUGGAUGUGGAUCUGAACCUCCCCAAGGGGGACGUGGACAUCUCUGGUCCCAGCCUCGAGGUGGGGGCUCCUGAUCUGAACCUGGAGGGAAAAGCCAAAGGCCCCAAGUUCAAGAUGCCCGAGAUGCACAUCAAGGCCCCCAAGAUCUCCAUGCCUGAUGUGGACCUCAACAUCAAAGGGCCUCAACUGAAAGGAGACGUGGAUGUUUCUGGACCCAAGUUUGAGGGUGACCUGAAAGGCCCCAAAAUAGAUGUUGAGGUCCCUGAUGUGACCAUCGAAGGUCCUGAAGGGAAACUCAAAGGGCCCAAGUUCAAGAUGCCCGAGAUGCACAUCAAGGCCCCCAAGAUCUCCAUGCCUGAUGUUGACUUCAACCUGAAGGGCCCCAAGAUCAAGGGAGACGUGGACGUGUCUGUGCCCAAGCUGGAAGGUGACCUGCAGGGCCCUGACAUUGACAUCAAGGGCCCCAAAGUCAACGUUGCCCUUCCUGAUGUGGAGCUGGAAGCUCCUGAAGGGAAACUCAAAGGCCCCAAGUUCAAGAUGCCGGAGAGGCACAUCAAGGCCCCCAAGAUCUCCAUGCCUGAUGUUGACUUCAACCUGAAGGGCCCCAAGAUCAAGGGAGACGUGGACGUGUCUGUGCCCAAGCUGGAAGGUGACCUGCAGGGCCCUGACAUUGACAUCAAGGGCCCCAAAGUCAACGUUGCCCUUCCUGAUGUGGAGCUGGAAGCUCCUGAAGGGAAACUCAAAGGCCCCAAGUUCAAGAUGCCGGAGAGGCACAUCAAGGCCCCCAAGAUCUCCAUGCCUGAUGUUGACUUCAACCUGAAGGGCCCCAAGAUCAAGGGAGACGUGGACGUGUCUGUGCCCAAGCUGGAAGGUGACCUGCAGGGCCCUGACAUUGACAUCAAGGGCCCCAAAGUCAACGUUGCCCUUCCUGAUGUGGAGCUGGAAGCUCCUGAAGGGAAACUCAAAGGGCCCAAGUUCAAGAUGCCCAAGUUCAAGAUGCCCAAGUUCAAGAUGCCCGAGAUGCACAUCAAGACCCCCCAGAUCUCCAUGCCUGACAUCGACCUGAACCUGAAAGGCCUGAGGAUGAAGGGUGACACUGACCUUCAAGGAGGUCUGAAGGGUCCUGAGCUGGACAUCAAAGGCCCCAGAAUAGACGUUGAGGGCCCAGAGGUUGAUGUUGAUGGUCUGGAUGGAAAAGUGAAGCUGCCUAAAUUGAAACUGCCCAAGUUUGGCUUCAAAGGAGAAGGUCCUGAGGUGGAUGUCAACCUUCCCAAGGCUGAGGUGGAUCUUUCAGGCCCCAAGGUGGAUCUUUCAGGCCCCAAGGUGGACCUCAGUGUCCCAGAGGUAAGCGUGGAAGGUCCAGAGGGCAAAGUGAAAGGUCCUAAAGUGAAGUUGCCCGAAAUGCACGUGAACGUCCCCAAAAUCUCCAUGCCCGAGAUUGACUUGAACCUGAAAGGCCACAAGACCAAGGGAGGCUUUGACCUUUCAACCCCCAAGUUAGAAGGGUCCUUGAAAGGUCCUGAUGUGGAGAUCAAAGGCCCAGGAGUUGAUGUUGAGUGUCCUGACGUGACCUUGGAAGGUCCGGAGGGAAAUGUCAAGCUUCCCAAGAUGAAAAAGCCCAAAUUUGGGUUUGGGAUGAAAAGCCCGAAAGCAGAACUGAAGGUCCCGGGAGCAGAAGUGGAGUCACCUGAGGUGGAGCUGAACGUGGAGGCCCCUGAUGCCCACCUUGGUGGCAAAGGGAAGAAGAGCAAGUUCAAGAUGCCCAAACUUCACAUGAGCGGCCCCAAAGUGAAGGGCAAGAAAGGGGGUUUUGAUGUGAGUGGGGGAGACUUGGAGGCCAACGUGAGGUCUCCUGACCUGGACCUGGGUGGCCCAGAAGUCACCAUCAAAGGUGAAGCUGCUGUCAAGUCCCCCAAGGGCAGGAAACCCAUGUUUGGGAAAAUCUCCAUCCCCGAUGUUGAGUUCGACCUGAAAUCGCCCCGAUUCCGAGGGGGGGAGGCCCCAGGGGUGGGGGCAAAACUCGAGGGGGACCUGAAAGCUCCUGAGCUGGAUGUGGCCACCAAAGGUGACCUGAAAGGAGCCACCAUGGACGUCACCCUGCCAGACGUUGAGCUCCACGGGAAAGGACCAAAGGUCAAAGGUGAAGUCAACCUUCCCGGAGUAGAACUGGAAGGUCCAGGUGGGAAGUUGAAGUUGCCCAAGGUGGGGCUGGAAGGGCUGGAUGGGAAGUUGGAGGCGCCGGGGGUUGAGUUGAACCUCCGAGGUGGGGAUGGACAAUUCCAAGGGCCCCAAAUCUCCAGCCUGGGCUUGGAGGGCAACUUGAAAGGACCAAACCUGAAAGGAGAUCUGGGUGGUUCCUGGUCUGUGGAAGGGCCCAAAGUCAACCUGGAGGCACCGAGCCUUGACGUGGGAGGUUUGGGUGGGAAGAUGAAGCUGCCAACGUUGAAAUCCCCGGGUCUGGAGACCCCUGAGUUGGGCGUGAAGGGAGACCUGGACUUGACCAUCCCAAGCCUGGAGGUGGGUGCCAAAGCCCCCGGUGCAAACCUCCACCUGGGCACCCCGGGUGGCACCAUCAAAGGGCCUUCCGUGGACCUCUCUGCCCCGGAUUUGGACGUGAACCUGAAAGGACCAAAGUUGAAAGGAGAUGUUGAUGUUUCUGCUGGUCUCCAAGCCCCCAAAGCGUCGGUGGACGACGGUGCCUUCGAGAUCUUGGGUGGCACCAUCAAGCUCCCGUCCCUCAAGCUCCCCCAGUUUGGGAUCUCCAGUCCUGGCGUGGAUGGAAGUGGUGGAGGCCUCAGCCUUGAAGGUCCCCAAGUGAAAGGAGGCCUGAAGACCUCGGGGGUGGGGUUGGAAGGACCCGAUGUGGAGCUGAAAGGGUCGAAGUUUCAAAUGUCCCCACCAGACAUUGACCUGAAGCUGAAAGGACCAAACCUACGAGGUGAUGUCGACGCUGGUGACAUUAAAGGUCCAAAGAUCAGCGUGGAAGCUCCUCAGGUGGACCUGAAGGAGCCUGGGGUUGGUGUCCACCUCGAAGCUCCUGCCUUGGACGUGUCGUCGGCGAAAGGUUCCGGGUCGGGUUUGAACGUCAACGUCAAAGGGCCGAAGAUCAAAGGUGGUGCCACCAUCUCCGGGGAGGUGACGGCGCCAACUGUGAGCGUUGGUGGUGGCACCUUCCACGUCACCGGCCCCAAGGUGGGGAUGGGAGGCCCUGGUGUCACCGUCAGCAGCCCCGAAAGCGCCGCGGGGAAAGUCUCGUUCCCCAAGCUGAGAAUGCCCAAAUUUGUCUUUUCCGACCCCGAGGUGAAGGGCAGGGAGGUGGGGGUGGACGUGGAGUUCCCCGGGGCUGGGGACAUCAACCUCCAGCCCGAAGCAGAAGUGGAAGAAACCGACGGGAGGCUGAAAAAACCCAAACUCAAAAUGCCCAAAUUCCACUUUUCCAAACAAAAAGGGAAGAGCAGCGGAAGUUCCUCCCCGGAAGUUCCCGGCUCCGUCUCGGGUUCCAAAGUCGACCUGAAGAGCUCCAAGGUGAGUUUGGAAGGGGAGCUGGAGGGAGGCAGCUCGGAAGGCGCCAGCAAAGGGAAGUUCUCCCUCUUCAAGAGCAAGAAGCCGCGUCACCGGUCGUCGUCGUUCAGCGACGAGCGCUCGACCCCCGCGACCGACCCCGACCCCCUGGACAAAACCAAACCGGGCAAGAUGAAAUUCGGGACUUUUGGUGGCAUCGGAUCCAAGGCCAAAGGUUCUUACGAGGUGACGGGAAGCGACGAGGAGGUGGGGAAGGGGGCAGGGGUGGCCAAGACCACCCGUUUGUCUUCCUCUUCCAGCAACGACAGCGCGACCAGGGGCGGGUUCCGUUUGCCCGACGUUGAGUUGACGGUGGCCAAGAAGAAGGAGUAG